AAGAAAGUCCGAGGUCGUUCCGCAGGUAGUUAGCAGAAUGUCCGUCUACGGCUCCGUUUUUUUCUUGGUGCUAAUAUUGAGUUAUGCUGCAACACAAAGCACGAACCUAUCUGAAUGUGGAUCCAUAGAGGAAUCAACUCUCUGCAGCAGUUUAGGGGGACGGACAAGUGACUACAUUACACCACCAAACCUCCCUCCCGAAAUUCAGCUAAACAUUGCAAGUGUUGGGUACAGUGACCUAACACUGCGACUCCUAUUAGAACAGACCGAGUCACCAGAGGCUUGCUACGAGUUUGCGAUACAUCAGCUGUGCCUAGUAGUGGCACCACCGUGUAACCCAAACACAUUCGCUCCCUUGCUUCUCUGCCCUGAGACUUGCCUUGCUUACGACAGACUCAUUUCGAGUCGUUUAUGCGACAGUUAUGUGGAUGAAAUCAUUCAAACCUUGGAGAAAAGUUCACUGGACUCAUUGAGGGCACUCGCAAACCGUUUCAGAGUCUUCAACUGCUCUGAUCCAGCAACCUACUUUCAGAACAGGACAGCAGAAUUUGAGAAUUCUUCCUGUACAAACCUCUUCAGUCCAAACACCCAAGAGUCAAUCAUGAGCAUGGAAUCACUUUUCAGCUGUGUGCCUGUGUCCGGGUCACCAUGUCAAGCCUGGUUCCCUGGAACUUUCACAAGUGCCAUUCUAGUCCCAGGCCGGGGAGAGAAGGAAGAGGAUAUCUUUAUCACAUUGGCCAAAGUAUCUCCGUCCUUGGACGACACGUGCAGCCAGUGGCUGAAUUUCAUUGCAUGCAAUUACCUCCACCCACAAUGUAAUGAGAAUGGCGAGCAGGUGGUACUAUGUGAGGGUGAGUGUGAAGCGAUAGCCCGAGUAUUCCUGGAAGGCUGCAGUAUAGCUGAGAUAUUGGAGACUCUGAACACCACAGAAAUGAGCUAUACUUUCUUGAACAGACAACAGCAGGUCGACUGUUCAGACUCAGACACAUAUCUCAUCCCUACUAUUCCAGUCGAUAACUCGUCAUGCUUGAGUGCAACUCAUUUGUUGAGUAUCGAUGAAAAUGACAACACCUUAAGCGAUGCGUACAUAGGUGCUAUUGUUGGUGGAGUGGUACUAGUUCUGCUGGUGGUACUACUGACUGUGGCGCUCAUAGUCUUGUGUACUAGGACCAGAGCCAGACAAAAAAUGGUGGAGAUGUGGAUGUCACAUGAUGUUAUGGGCCACUUGACACUCUCUCAAAGGUAUAUAUACAGUGGAAACUGUGAUUAGGGACCAGGACGACCUUUCUACAAAGGACACUUAUUUCGACCCCAUGCUAAUACUUGUGUAUAUUAUUUGACCUCCGAAAUAGGGAUCAUGUCUCUACAAGGGACUGUGACAACUGACAAGUGCACCUUGUUCAGAGGUUCCACUGUAAAAAUUAGCCAGAAACUCUUUCGUUUACUCAGAGUAGGAUAGCAGUUGAAUCCAAAGAGCAAACAAUUAUUUUGUUCUCAAGGGUAUUAGGUCAUGAAAUCCAGCCAUGGUCAAAUUGCAUAGUGGGAACAAGGAUCAAUUACCGCAGGAAAUUCUGUCAUGCAUUCUCUGUUGAUGUACACUCGCGACACCAAAGCAAAGUGUGACAAUAAUGUUCAAUCCUCAAUUGUAUUUAGAUCAGGAAACUACCAAUUACAUAGUGAAAGCACAGCGUCUAAAACAAUGGAAAGGUUACUAUAGAGAAAGUUAUUUUUUGUGUCCUUCCGUAGGUUGUCCCUUCAGUUGCAAGGAAUUAGAAGAACCCUAAGUAGUCAUGAACAUCGAUUAGAGAGAGGAGAGGUUGGUUAUAAAGAAGAACAGGAAGUAUUGAGACUGCCAGAGAGGGAGCUAAAACAACUACAACUCCAGUUUGCGGGUUCAAUUGUACAGUUCAGCAAUCUUACUAUGGACACUGAGAACUGUCUGGGCCAAGGUGCAUUUGGGAAGGUAUACUCAGGAGAUAUGGAGCUACGUGGGAUAAGGACAAAAGUUGCCAUCAAAACCAUAAAAAGGAUCAGUACAGAGGAUCAGCUGCAGUCAUUUCUAGCAGAGAGUCUGAUUAUGAAGGACUUCCAGCAUCCUCACGUUCUCGGUCUCCUGGGAGUGUGUUUCGACACUCCCGACAAUUCUCCUUACAUCAUCCUACCAUUCAUGGCCAAUGGAUCUGUCAAGACCUUCCUUAGAGCAAAGAGAGUCCACCCAACCAACUUUGAUGAUUGUCCUCCGGUAAGCUCGUAAAAGUAGGUACGCAUUCAAGGUUUCUAGAACAAACUUUUCUCUAGACCUAUGAAUAGGGACUUCAGUUAGGGGAUCUGGUACAGGUGUGCAUGGAGAUAGCUGAAGGAAUGAAGUAUCUGACUGAUAACAAGUUUGUUCAUCGUGACCUGGCAGCACGCAACUGCAUAGUGCGCAGUAUUGGUAGGAGACUUUGGGCUGGCUAGAGACGUAUACACUGCUGAGUACUACAGGAAGAAUAGUAAUGGUAGACUCCCAGUGAAAUGGAUGCCUCCAGAGACAAUGAAUGAUGGAAUCAGCAAUGAAAAGACAGAUGUUUGGUCGUAUGGAGUGACGUGUUGGGAGGUGUUCAGUCUGGGUCGCAGUCCCUAUCCUGGUAUUGAGAAUCACGAGAUACUCCAGCACAUCUCCUCUGGAGGGAGACUCAACAAACCAGCUCUCUGUCCUGACAAACUGUACACCCUAUUUCUCCAAUGCUGGUCCCCUCUGCCUGAAGAUCGGCCAUCAUUCUCUGAACUGUGUGUACUGCUCAAAGAAUACUGGGAUGAAGAACAUCUCUAUGUGGUCCAGAACUUUCAAGUACGAUAGCUACCAUCAGAAGACUUUCCAACAAGUAUCGUUUCGUUCCAGUUUUCAAUUGCUUUAUUAACGAUUAUUGUUAUUGCUGUAGUUCAGAGACCGUUUGACAUGGUUCUCGCGCAUGCGCAUUGUCCAUGAGAGCUGGCGCGGCGAGCGUGUGCGCGUCUUUUCGCACGGAAAGACAAGAAGAUACAAUAUGAAGUGCGAGUUAUCGUUUGGUCUCCUGGUGCUGCUGAUCAG